AAAACGUAUUUGACGUUGAUGGCGAUGAGGCAGGGGGAGAAGGAGUCAUUGAGGAAGUAUGUCGCUCGAUAUAACCAGACGUGUUUGGAGGUGCAUUCGGCUACAGAUGAGGUGAAGGCGGGAGGAUUGAUAAGAAGCCUUCGAGCAGGGCCUUGCCGAACUUCCCUGGCAAAGACCCCUGCUCGAUCUUAUGAGGAGGUCUUGAAGCGGUGCAGAAAGUAUAUUAAUUUGGAAGAAAUGGAGGUAGAAUUCGCGAAGUUGGGAGGGUCGGCUAGACCAGAGCCAAAGAAGGAGCAAAGCCCACCAAGAGGGAGGUCGCCGAGGAGGAGUUCGCCCAAAAGAAGUGGGUCGAAAAAGAUAUCACCCAGGAGGGAAGGUCGAGAUUCGAAGCGAGAAAAGAGGGAUGACAGGUGGCAGGGAAGGCCGUUGUUGUUCGAGAGACAGAGGUAUCAUAAUUUUACACCCUUGAGAAAGGAUUUGACGGAGGUGCUCGUGGCUAUGGAGCAGAAGAUGUCGAAUGAGGAUGUAACGUGGCCGAAGACAAGGUUCACAUGCCCGACUCGGCCCAGAUCGGAUAUAUAUUGUCGAUUUCAUCAAGAUUACGGCCAUACCACGGAGAACUGCAGGCAUUUGAAGGAUGAGAUUGAAAGGUUGAUUCGAGCAGGACAUUUGAAGGAGUUCGUGUAUCAUGAUAGGGUGAAAGGGAAAGGAAGGAGAAGGUGUCGGGAUGAUUCGGAGGAGAGAAGUGACAGGGACGAGGAAAGAGGCGAUGGAGAUGGUCGAGGAAAGAAGCAAAGGAGAGAUGGCGAUAAGGGAGGGCACGGAGGAGAAGCCCUGAUGAAGAGAGGGACGAUUUACAUGAUUUCCGGAGGGCCAACAGAUGGCGACUCGAAUAGGGCCAGGAAAGAGCAUGCUCGAGCUGU